CCGUGAAAAAAAAACAGCCGCUGCCUUGUUGUUUAGAUAAAAGGGAGGAGAGACGUCGAGCUGUUGUUUUGUGGUAUUGCUUAUUACAGUAAAACAGUAAGAGACAUGAUGUGGAAGAUUGUCCUCCCUGUUCUUGCGGCGGUUUUUGCCGUCGGCUCAUCGUCAAUGGUCGGGGGGUAUACAAACAUAGAUGUCAAUGACGAAGGGGCUCAAAAUGCCCUCAACUUCGCUGUCGUCGAACACAACAAGCAAUCCAACAGCAUGUUCCUCAGCCAGGUGGCGGAAGUGGUGGGGGUGAAGAGACAGUUGGUUGCUGGUUUGAAAUACGUCAUAACCGUGAGAAUGGGGAACACCCCCUGCAGAAAGGGCACUGCAAACGAAGUGUGUCCCAUUCACCAAGACCCAGUCCAGGCUCUGCCCUACCAGUGCGAAUUCACCGUGCUGGUCGUCCCAUGGCGUAAUGAGACUAGGAUGCUCGGGCAGAAAUGCUAGAAAGAGAACUACGUGGAAAAUCUCCAGUGCUGGAAUUGUUUGCGGAAUAUCCCUCAAUCAGAACAAUAUGUUUUCGGUUAGAUAAACCAGAAAAAUAUUAACUUUUCCAUUUUCUGCCUAAGCUACUAUACUUUAUGCUAAAUUCAGUACCUGUUGACUUUUCCUAUACAGUAUUGCAAUGUUUGACAUUGACAUUAAUUUUAGAAGAGCCACUUUGUACUGCUUAAUCACUUAACCUAGCAAAUACCAAAUAAUUAUUAACUGAACUGUUGAUUAGGCUAUUAAAACAUGCUGUUUUGAAAUGAAAAUAAAGCAUCUUGUCAACCUACA